AUGAAGGUCCAUGUCCAUGUGUAUGAAGGGUACUGUGAUCGAUCACACAUCAUUCUCUCGUGUGGCUCCCAAAAGGAAGUGUGCAGUCAGUUUUAUGGCCUGCGUGAGGCCGAAAUUAACAGUGCUCUGUAUAGGAAUCAUCUGCAGGAUUCAUGUCUGAAAGCUCAUAAAUAUUCAGUUUAUAUGGAACACAUGUGUAAUUCCUGUUACCAGAAUAAGAACCCUGAAAUGACCUGGAGACCAUAUUUAAGCAUCUAUGUCUUUCUUUGCCAAAGUUCACUUAUGUGGCUCUUUCACUCUGAAACUGGAAAAUCUCAGAUCUUUGCCCUUCUAUACAAUCUGUAUCUGCUUCAAGUAUUUUGGGACAUCAUGGCAGAAAAUACAACCACAGAAUGUACAUAUCCCUGCAUAAAUGAUAAGCUGGCAGGAGAGUUCAAGCUGGUCAGUGCAAAUGCAAUAGGCAAGGAUGUGGUUCUGCAUCUCUCAAUCACCAACCUGACAACUGACCCAAAAAUCGUGAAUGCUGACAUUAGGGCAUGUUCUGUACUGUACACCAAGAAGGAAAUCAAUGAGCUCCUCAAAGAACGCAAGAGACUUUGUCUUGAAGCCUGUGAAGAGACAAAAGUGCCAGUGGUCAUAACCUACGCCCAAUAUGAAGACUUAUUGACUCCCGAUAACUCGAUCGAGGUGACAGCCGCAUGCUCCUGUGAACCAUUCGAAGGAACAAUUAUCGUCCAAACAAAUGUUGUUCUGGAUAACCCUAAGUUCGAAAUUAAGCUUAAGAAAAUAGCCUGGGUGAAUAAACCGGUCGAUGUGGAAAUCAUCUUCACCAACCCCUUAGCCAAAGAAAUCUCCGACAUUGUGGUGACAGCAGAAGGCAGCGGACUGCUCCAUAAUCCAGUUACAGUGAAGGGAAAUCCUGUGAAGCCCAAUGAGACCAUACAAAUCCCCUUGACCAUAACUCCCUACAAGACUGGCAAAAAGCACCUGUUGGUGGAUUUAACAUGUAACAAGUUCCAGAAUGCCAAAGGAUAUCUGGAGAUAGAAGUUCACGGCACCGAAUAAUUUAUUUAAGAAUUCCAUGUUGAACACUG